UUUAGGUACAAGAAAAUGGAAACAUGUGUAAUCCUUUUCCCUAAAGUAAGUAGUGCAAGUGAAGUGGCAGGAGGGGAAUUGAAGAAAUUCCCAGCUAGGCUUUUGGCUGUCCCUCCUCGGAUAGCCGAAGAAAUUGUUGAGGGGGCCUCAGCUGAAUCUUACCAAGAGGACAACAAGCUUUGGAAGAAGCAUGUAAAUGCUUACAAAAGGAUAAAUAGAUUGAUUGGUACUUCAAGAUACCGAAACGUGAUGGAUAUGAAUGUUGGUCUUGGAGGGUUUGCAGCAGCUCUCGAAUCACCAAAGUCUUGGGUGAUGAAUGUGGUGCCCACAAUUGCCAAGAACACCUUGGGUGUUGUCUAUGAGAGAGGUCUAAUCGGAAUAUAUCAUGAUUGGUGCGAAGGUUUCUCUACAUACCCGAGAACGAAUGACCUUAUCCAUGCUAAUGGUGUCGUUAGCCUGUAUCAAAACAAGUGUAGCUUUGAAGACAUCCUUCUGGAAAUGGAUCACAUUUUGCAGCCCGAAGGGGCUAUUAUUUUCCGGGACGAUGUUGAUGUUUUAAACAAGGUCAGGAAAAUUGCCGGAGGCAUGAGAUGGGACACCAAGAUGAAUGAUCACGAGGACGGUCCCCUCGUGCCGGAGAAGAUACUAGUUGCAGUAAACAGUAUUGGGUCGGUGGCAAAGGAAAUAGCACCUCCGAUGAUGAAUAAACUACAUCUACAGGUUAUUGAUUUGCGGACGAAACACUCAAAAAGCUAUGAUGAAGUUGCUUCAUACUGGGGGACUAAAUAGUUCCAAUCAACAAUCCCCGAAAGAUGUAAGUAGCUACAUUUUGUUAUUCAUUACGUAGAGAGUAUAUACAAUGAUGUUAGCCUACUAAUUCCUGGUGUGUGGUUAUGGGAAGAAAUAGUGUAUAACAUUAUGUGUAGCUGUCCAAAUAAUUAUAUUUUUUUUGUUCGAAC